UAUUAAAGGAGAAGUAUAUGGCAACACGUGGAAUGAAUCUUUUGAACUAAGUUUUGAAAGCUAAGCAACAGCCUAUGAACAUCUUCGUACAGAAGAGUGAAAACAAGUGUUUCCAAAUUAUACUUUUGUUUAUAAAAUGCUCAGCCCGGAAACAUGGAACUUUAAGCCACCCCAACAUUUUUUUUCUACACAAAAGAGAGAUUUCAAGAAGACAGAUGUACCAGACAUCGUCAAAUCACAUUUUUUCAAUCAUUCUGUAUCUCUGGUGCUUCCUGACACCGUCAGAAUUCCGGAUGAUUUGCAAAGUUGCAUUUCAGAAGAUAGCGACUAUUACCGAGUCAACGCUGUGAAUGUAUUUGAUUUAAUAAACAAAGAAUUCAUUGAGGCAUUUGUUAAAAAAGGAGAACUGAGUCUUCUGACAAUUGGAAAUAAAAUAGAUGUGGAUAAUGCAAUUGUCAUUACACCAACUGGACAUUUAAUAUUAUCAUUAUUGACAGAAGAUUUCCAAAUACUCGGUUUAGAGGGAAAAGUCUCUUUUUUUGACUGUAAAGUACAUACACGUUAUGUUGUGACUAUUGAUUUAAAAUCUGAAAGCUUUACACCUGGUAAGAAGAAUUACGAGCACGUCCGAACAUCGUUGAAAGAACGUUUAAAACAUAAAUUCGACGUAAUAUUUUCUUGGAAUCCACCAGAUGAAAAUUUGUGUCCAUCAUCGAUAGCAGCAUGGUUUCACGAGCAUCAAUACAACGUUCUUCUUUGUCAUUUAACUUUUACACAAAAAACUGAAUAUUCUUUAAAAAUACCGACGAUUUCAGAAGAAGGUGAUAACAAUACAUUUUUUGAGUGGCUUGGAGUUUUUAGUAUUUCUGGUGAAUUAAAAAAUGUUAAACCAGACGAUUAUGUAAACACAUAUAUAUGCCCAUCACCGUCUAUGGAUGUUGGUCAAGUCAAAUAUUUGCAAUGGACUGGUUUUUUUACAAGACAGCAAGUAACAAGUUUAUAUAAGGCCAUAAAAAAAUAUGUAUCAGUGCAAAACACUAUGCCAUGGGGUGUUUUACAUGUACAAGGUUUUUCAGACAGUCCACUUAGUUGGGAUUUAAAAGAACAUACAUUUUAUACUGAUGGUGAUAAUAGUUAUACAAUUGUAUUUAGACCAGCUAUGUUUUAG